AUGGCAUAUGUAGAUUUGACAGAACGAUGUCUACUUGUAUUUAUUAUAUUCUUCGUUUACAUAUAUCAAAAUGCUCAAAGUGAAUCAACAGGUAACAACAAUGCUGAUCGUAGUAAGAAACAUUUAGAAGAACUCGAAGAAACAAAUGAACAAUUACGUGAAAAAGAAUUAGAAAAAACGUUUUCAUCAUUAAAAGCAAAUCAAUUCUUAACGCACGAUAAAUGUAUGCAACGUAUGAAAUGUCCAGCUAAUCGUAAAGAAGAAUGUAGUGAAGAAUGUAAAGCAGGUAAUACAGAAGAAGAAAUUGAAGAACAUACGGAAUUAACCAAAGAUGAACAUCGAAGUGCAUUUAGUAAAACACCAAAACAAAAAUAUAGCCCAAAUAUAAAUCCUAAAAAACGUUCAAGUAAAAGCAAACAUUCAUCAUCUCAUAGUCAAUCAACAAUCAAAGCUGAUUUAUAA